AUGCUACGAAUGUACAUGGCAGCCGUUUCCAUGACUGGAGUUGGGACAGGAGCACCUCUUGGUGGAUUUAUUACAAAUCUAGCUGGGUGGAGAUGGUCAUUUUUGGGACAGGCUCCAAUACUACUCGCAUGCCUCGUCAUGGUCGCAUUUAUGCUUCCAAAGCGUACCCCCGAAGAAGCACAGCUCCAUCCUGCAGACGAUGAUGAUAAUACCGAGGAAAGAAGCAUGGAUUUUGUUGGAAUUGCCUUCUUGGGGAUUACCGUGGCAUCGUUCAUUCUCAUUUGCAGUGCAUUCACAGAUGAAUUAAAGUUAAAUGAGAUCAAAUGGGAACUUCUGGCAGCCUUGAUUCUCUUUGGAGCUUUGUUUGUUGCUAACGAGAGGUUCUGGGCUAAGGAUCCUUUGAUUCCUUUGGAGUUGGCGACGACCAAUGGCAUAGGUCUCGCAUGGCUUACACAGAUUUUGCUUAAUCUUGCCAUGUCCAGUGUCAGUCAAUAG